AAACCCCUCCUGUUCUUAAGCCGUUAGUAGGGUGGCUGUGACGGCCCCUCCCUCCGAGUCAGGCUCUUUCUCAAGAUGGAGCCCCCAGCUCCAACCCCUCAAUCCCGAAUUUUGGGCCGCUCCUCCAUGUUCCGCUUUUUCCGUAGCCUGGUGGGGAGCAAGGGCAGCCCAAAGAGCUCUGAUAAGGCCCUGAUAGGGAGUCGGGCAUGCUCCUCUCGAGAGCAAGAUGCCACCCCACUGAUGAUGAGCCGCCAGGGAGGGGUGGGGAGGAAGGAGCCAAGGCCAUCCACAACACCGUCCUACACGCUCUCUGUGGCCUUGCCACGGCAGGAUCCUUUGGGGCUAGGGAUGGGGGACACGGGGGCCCAGACCUCCACCCCUGUAGAAGUCCUGAGAGUGGGGGCCCAGGGUGUAGAGGUGAAGCCCGUCCUGCCCAGGGGAAGCCAGGAGGUGCUGGGCAGCCUGCCUGAGAAAGAGGAAAGGGAAGAAGAGGAGGAGUCAGCAGGGGAGGCCUCUGGGGAUACAGGGACCUCAGACAGGGGCCACUUUGCCCAAGCUUUGGAGGCGGAGCAAGAAUGCCUGCAGAGGGCCAUGGGGCCACUGGAAGUCAGCCCUGAGACCUUCGCCGGGGAGGAGGAGGAGUGUCUGCUUGACGGAGACCUCAGGCUGGCCUCUUCGAAGGUGGGGGCAACUCCUUGGAACCGCCUUCUCACCUUGUACAAGCAGCUUCAGAAAUCAACCACGCCCAAGUUUCCUCUCAAGGAAGGCUUGCCUGAUGAGGAGAAAGGCAAGGAAGAGGAAAUGGAGGAGGACAGCUCACUCAAGGUCUGUGUCCCAGGCAUUGUCACCCUGCAGUCACCGCUGCAUAAGACUUUUAGGUCAACAGAUACAGUGGGUUUUGUGGAGUCGGAGUUAAAGAAGCUUUUGGUAGUACAACGGGAGUCCCGCCUCUGGAAGAUGGGCAGCCAUGAGGGCCGGGAGCUGCUGACCCAGCCAGAGAUCACCCUGGAGGAGGCGGGCAUUGUGGACGGCCAGGGACACCAGGCUGAGGGGGAAGGAAGCCGCCCCCCAGCCUUUGGGGAAUGCUGGGGGCCUAGGGGAGGGGCACUGAGGCAGCUGGAGCACUACCCUAGGCUGGAGGGAAGGGUGCAGAGCCCCCUCGGUGUGGUGUCCAGGACAGAGCACCUGCUCCUGGAGGAGAUGGACGAGAUGGGAAACUGGCCUCCAGAGUGAAGCUGGUGCUGGCCCUGAGUCUGCCCUGCUCUCAGAUCCCUUCAACCCGAGUAGGGAUUUAGCCUCCCUCUUCUGAGGGCACAUCCAAGGAGUCCCUGGGGCCAAGGGGUCUUGGGCUAAAUGGAAUCCAUGUGUCUGCAGGGUGGGUCUGCCCAGCAGAGUGCUCCUACCCAUCAGACUCAGGCCUGUGAUAUUAAUAAAACCCACUUUGACUUUGGC